AUGUCCGCAACGUCAACACUACUGCUGCCCGACGGGCGAGUGCCCGUCAAGCGGAUUCCGGAUGAUUGUGAGUGGGAGGCGGCGCUGCCGGCCUUCAACGAUCUGUGGCAGGAGAUGCGGGAGGCCUGCCCGGAGCUGGUGGAGGUACCCAUGGGCGGGCUGAUGGUCCGCGGGCACUACGCGCGCUUCGUCUACGGCGCCCCCGAGGGCGAGCCGGCCCGCUUCCUGGGGCGCGACAAGCUUGAUUUCGACCUCUCGCGGCCCGAGGAUUGUGAUAAGUUCAUUGACCGGGCCGACGUCUUGAAAGAGUCCAUCUGGGCCGAGGGCGAUUGGUGGGAGCAUACCCUGGAAGUGUUGCAGAGGGUGGUACUGGAAGUACGCGGCUAUUAG